AUGAUUCGUGUUAACAUGUGCGACUGCUUACCAAUUAGUGAGGAUAUUCUAAUAUGCGAACUACUUAAAUCUAUAAGAUUUAGUAGUAUGGAAAUGAGUUUGCUUGAUGAUGCACUGAUGUUUACUGAAGAUCUAAAAGAAGUACCAAAAGAUCAGAUAGAAGAAAAUUUAUUUAAAUCAUUAUUAAAAUGUGAUAAUUUUCAAACUUUAAAAAAUUGGAUAUUCACACAAAAACCGAUUAUUCUAUCCCAAUUAAAACACAAAUGGGCAGAGCAACAUUAUCUUAAUAAUUCUUGCGAUUGUAAUUACCUGAAAAAAGCUCAAGCUAGUUGGGAGCGUAAAAUGUUACGAAGUUUAAAUUCAAUGUGUCAAGAACUCGGAAUAGAGUUGGGAAGAAAGAGACCAAAAUGUCAAAUUGAUGCUAUCCUUCAAAAUUGGACAGAAUUAUCAGUAUAUUUCAACAAACAAUCAACUAUUAAACCAGUUUUCGGUCCAAAAGAUCUCUUAGAUGUUCUAACAAACAUCAAGCACCCACAGAUGAAGUCUUCUUCAUCCAACUUGAGUUCUAAAGAUUUUCAUUCAGACAUAGUUGUAUCAUGGGGUUUGAUUAACUUACCUUUGAAUAUUAAAAGUCUGUCUGAAUUGAGAAGAUUUUAUAAGGCUUUGAAUCUUCAAAGUCCUCAAAUUGGUGUUGAUGAUAUAGUAUCAUCUUCAUUUUUACUAUCCCGUGAACAUGAAGCAGAGGAAAUUAUAAAUCUUGAUUCUUCAGAACGUGCACAGAAAUUUUUACAAUGUGGUUGUCCAUUGGGUUAUCGCGCAAAGCUGUGGGAGAUAUGUUUAAAUGCAAGAGUAACGAAUGAAGAUCGUAUUUACUAUGAUCGACUAAAAUCAUUUGUUGCUGAAGAUGAAUACAUGACAGAUCAAUUAAUUUGUAAGGAAGUACAACUUACAGCCUCUAACGAUGAUAUGCACUUUGUAUUCUGUGAUUAUACAUAUCAGGUCCUUCUCCCAUUCACUAGAGAUCACACAGUAUUAUCUCAUUUUGACUGUACGUUUGCAUCUCCACCUAGAGUUGUUAAUAAAAAUUCUACUGAGUCGUGUAUUUAUCCUCCAUCGGGAGUUAUACCAUUUCAUGGUUUCUCUAUGUACAUGUUGCCUUUAUGUUAUUUAUACGAUGAUCCAGUUACUUUGUACAUAAUAUUUCGUCAGUUGUAUAUGCGUUACUUUUAUAGACUGCAUACAAUAUCAGAUGAAAAUAGUGGUAUAUUAUGUUUAUGUUUACUGUUUGAACGCUUACUGCAAAUCAAAGAACCUGAGGUUUUCUUCCACUUAAAAUCAUUUGGUGCCCAACCUUUACGUUUUGUAUUCAAAUGGUUGAUCCGGGGAUUCAGUGGUUUCUUAGCACCUGAGCAAGUACUUUUGCUGUGGGAUCGUAUACUUGGUUUUGAUUCACUGGAAAUUUUGGCAGUUCUGGCUGUGGCUAUAUUUUCUUAUCGCCGUGCCAAUUUGCUUUCUGUGAAAACAACUAAUGAAGUUGAAGCAAUCUUGGCAGACCUAACACCACUAAGAGUGAUCAGCUUGCUCCAAAUGGUUAUUUUCACAAGCUAA